AUGCAUUUAAUAAAGGUAUUUGCAACACCUGAUUAUUUUCAAUUUGGAUUACGAGCAGCAUUUACACCAAAUGAAAUGGAUAAUACACCAUUUCAUCCAUUUCCAAUGCAUUUCCCACAAUUUCAAAAUAAUACUAAUAAACGAAUGUUGGAUAUAUUAAUUAGCGAUUAUACAAUUAAUUCACUCUUAUAUCAUAUGCAUAAGAAUGAUGUUAUCAUGCUUCGCGUUGGACCGGAAACACCAAAAUUAGGUGGUUUACUAAAGACGACAUGUAGUGAUGAGGAUUAUGAUGAUUUGAUUGAUUCGGAUAUCGAUGAUGAUGAAGAAUUUGAUGAUGAAAAAAAUUCAACAGUAUCAUUUGGGAAAUUUAUGAAACGUCGUAAACGAAGUGCUACCAAUGAUGAUAGUGAUAAUAAUGAUAAUGAUAAGAUCAAAAGUAAAGAGGAUGAAAAAGAGGAGGAUAUUUUAGGUGAUUUAGGAGUAUGCAUAGGUGAUAUUAUGCCUGCUAUUCGAGAAAAAUAUCCAAAAAAAUUAAUACAUAUCAAAGUUUAUUCCAAGCGUACACCAUUUGUAACAUUAAUGGCUAAAGAUAAUGGUAUAGCAAGAGUAGAUUUGGAACUUGAAGCUGCACUGUACAUUGAUGAUAGCGGUGAAAAAGUUGGUACAAUGCUUAUUAGUAGUAUAAUUGAUGGAAAUAUUCAAAUAUCAGCUAAUCGGAUUGUUGUUUUAAUAAAAAUUCAAUCAUUAAAAUUGAUUGAUAAGGAGGAAACUCUUGGAUUGCCAUUGGAUGCAUUGGAAAAUUUAGCUAAUUUAUCGAAAGAUAUCAUUGCUCAGACAGCUAACAGUGAACUAUCAAAAGGAAUUACUGUUGAAUUAAUAACCGAUAAAUUACCAUAUCAUUUGGUGAAACCACAAUUUUCCAUCGUUGAUCAUGCCGUUCAUAUAUCAACUGAUAUUAGCAUACCAGCAAGCAUAUUUGGUAUUACAUCAUCAACAAUUUGUCGACGACUCUAA